CUACAACAGACGUUGUUAAAAUGUGGGGGUAGUUUAAAGUAUAACGUUGUAACACGUUUGUGACCUUGUUUGAAGGUCUAGUUUGGACUGUCUGUUCUUCUUACACUCCUUUCGCACUACUAGUAGUUGUUGUAAAUUGCUUCGUCACGGAAUUUUGCUCUUGUUUUUCCUGAAGCUCCUACACUUUACUAGGACUCUACAAAAAUGGCUUCGGUUGAUGGUGUCGACAAAAGUGAACUUAAGCAAGAGUCGGAAAAACUUCAUGCCAAAUACCCUGGUUUGAUUAAUAAUGCAUCAUCGUUGCUACAUCGACGGCUAAGUAAAAAUGUGAAAUAUUUCGAUUCUGGCGACUAUAACAUGGCUAAGUCGAGGCCAUUAGUAAAGGAUUCCUUUCCCUCAGGCAAUUUGGACUCUCCGACGGGGGAUACUAUUCCAACUGUAGACAAUAUAUCUGUACUACGGAGUAAAAGUAUUUCAUUACAAAACAAUACUACUGUAUUACCACAAUCAACGACAGCAUGUACAACACCAACAAGUAAUUCAACUGCAACAACUACAUGCCGUUAUAUAACUAUACCAGCUCAUACACAAGUUGCUAAAUAAUCGUUUGUAAAUUUACAUACCGAUUGUUAAUAUCUCAUCGUUCCAUAUUUGAUUAAACUUGGUUACGUAGUCUUUCAUAUGAUUGAUAACGAGAAUUUUGAUAUUUAUAACCACGCUAAAGGAUUAUCCUGUUGAUAAUAAUGACACUACCAAUAAUGCAAUUCUCUUCCAUGUAUAAUUCAGCUUCCAUAAUAUGCUUUACAAAUUAUUUUUGCAUUCGUAAUAUACUUGAAUUUUUAAAACUUGUGGUACUAGAUAGUUAUUUUAUAUUUUAAUCGAAUCGUCUUGUUUACAUGUAAUUGAUGUAAUGAAAUUGACACUUUUAUAAUAGAUUUCCAUCAACGUCGUUGCGGAUAUGGAAAGUGUAUGAUUUGCAAUGACGAGCGAUUAGGGGUUGUGCAAUGUGUAAAAGUAAUACUGAUUGAUGGAUGGAAUGGAAUAAUAAAAUCUAGCGAAGUGAUAGGUACUCACAAGAUCGAGUUAUCAACACAACCCCCGUUGAUGAACUUAGGUCACAAAGUCACUUGCCAAAAAGGUAGUUUCCUGUCUAAUAAGAUAAUAUGCUUGUAACACAACAAUAAAUAUGACUAGAUGUUCUAAGCUAUUAGAGGAUAUCGGUUUAGUGGGUCACUGGUUAUCCAGCGAAUUGAGGCUUUAUUGUUAGAUUUAGUUCCAGCUCGUCAUAUCACUGUAGUAAACUUCCGUCUCAGUGUGAUGGUUUAGUUUUUGCUGCUGGUGAGAAUUAAACUAUCUUAAGCUGACAGUUUGUAGAUUUUAGUAAUUUGAAUUUAACUGACAUUUAGGGGCGAGAAAGCAUGGGUCAGUUGUUUUGUUUAAUUUUGAGACUACUUAACAGUAAGCUUCCUCUUAUAUUUUGAGUUUAGAAGUUCUUUGUUCAUAAAACUGCCAAGUCGAAAUCCGAAGACUGAGUGCUAAAUUUAAUGUUCUUGAACAUUGGUUCGCAUAUAACGUUAGCGAUAUUGUUUACUUAACAUCUGAAGUAAACAUAUCACUCCUUUUUAUCGAAAGUAAUGUUCCAUCAGAGAAGAUUUAAAAGAUUCUCUUGUCGAUAAGAAUGUAAUGUCCAGAUAUAUGCAGGUGAGUUGUAAAGUUUUAGGCUACUAUUAAGUUUAUUGGCAGUGUUGAUCUCAUAUGUCUAAUAAGAAAAUGGAGUUAAUUUAAAAAUUUUCGUUUAUUUACAUGAUACAAUUCGACCAGUUUGGUAAGACAUUCAAUUGUCAAAUCACUAAGUACAAAGCGAAUAGAAUGUGCAAGGAGAGUCAAACCAAGGCAGGACGAGACACGACGUAUUAUAUUUGGACAAGUCUUUGUAGUGUUGAUCGGAACUGGUUAUUUGUACCAGAGCCGAUUAGGCAAUUCAUGAUUGAAAACACGAUUUUUAUUCUUUGCAGCGACUUUUUCGUCUGAGCAUAUUUUGAUUACAUGUGUAGGGUUACCAAUAUUUUGUGGUUGUUCCUUGCUUAGAAAAGAUGAAAACACUCAGGAUUCUGAAGAUCAGUCAUCAGAUAAUGCGGUCGGUGAAUUGUAGACAAAAUUUAUUUCUCAGUGAAGUGUUCCUCACUAGAGUAGUUUCGAAAACAACCACAUACAUGAGUCUAGGACUUUAAAGUUUAUCUGCAUCAUCUCAUAGCUCAGCAACUGCCUUCGGUCGCCAUCAUUUUUACUCAUGAACUCCAUUUUAAAUUCUGUUGUGCAAGUAAUUUCAUUUACCUCGUAGAAUUCGUUUACUAAAAGGAUAUUCUAAACGCUCAAGGUGGAUUAGUAGUUGAAGCACUUGUCUUUCAUCCAAUGGAUAGUUACUUAGAACCGCACCAAUCAUGCUAGUAUAAUCAACCAGAUAGUGAUUCAUUAUCCCUCUAAUAAAUUGUCAUUCAGAAGUGGGUAUGCAACCUGUACGGGUUACCAAUGUAAGUUAACAUUACCGUAUUUCUAUAAGCCUUAUACAUUCAUCUAAAUUUUGUAGGUGGUGUCGUUUUCAGAACUUGUGUUGAAUACUUUUGCGAUCCAAAUUAUGUAAACUUGAUAUCAAGUUAAGUGUUUUCAGUGUAUUGGUUAGUACCACAUUUCAUAUUGGUUUAAGAUCGAAACACACUAGUCCUUUGCUGCAGUUCUGAUACAGAACGAUAAAGUUAAUGACACAAACACCAACUGGCAUCAUUGUGUUCUUAUUUUUGUUAAUUAGUAAAUGUAACAAUUGAGUAUUGUUUUUAAGCACGUUUUAACUAGUACUUAUAAUUGUUAGGUAAUUUCGUCUGAACUGGUGAGGUUAUGGUCUAUCUGUUAUAGGAUUCGACAUCUAAUCAUAGUUUCCAGUCUGGCUUCAGCAACCAGGCAGUGUAUCACUACCUCUUAUAUCAAAAUUAUGGCUUAAGGGGAGCUAUACAGAGAUAUACUUAGUGAUCGAGUUGUAUUAAUCAGUUACCUGAUAGUUUACAGCAGGUAUUAUUGACGUAAAUAAGGUUUGUUGGUCUAAAACCCAUCUCAUAUCUUUUCUUAUCAAAUCCAAUAUCUGAUGAUUUCUGAUAAAUCUUAAACUUUUUAUAACUUUCCAUUAUGAAUUAUUUUCAUUGUAAUACCCUAAAAUUGAAGAGUUGGUUACUAGACGGUGACCAUGUCAUUCAAACUUUUAUUUAUUUACAGGUUUCAAUUUAGAAUUAUCAGUUGCUACUACAUAGUGCAGCCUUCUCAGCAACUAUCCGAACAUUAAUUUCAAAUGACUUUUAACAUUUUGUUAUCAUUCAUGUGAACCUCACUAAUGCAUGAACAAGUCAAUAAAAAAUAUGUCAUUUUCUUUCUGUGACCAGUAUUUAUUUAUUUGUUUGAAGUAAUUAAUUUUAAUUGGUUAUGAAUGCACGUUUUAUUUAAAACAGAAGUAGUUCCCGUGUUUCACUUGACGGUUUUUUGUCAACUAUUUUUAGUCACGAUUGCUUCAAUAUUAUUAGACAACAUAAACCAGUAAUUCUGAAUAUUCAGUAGUUCACAUAAUACUUGUUUAACCCUAGAUAGAUUCAAUAUUGUCAACAUUUUGGUGAUAAUAAUCAAAAAUUAGAAAAUAUCAAGUCAAUUACAAAGGUUAUAGUAAAGAUAUACAGAAUUUUAACAUAAUUUAAACAACCAACUAGCGGUUGGAUUGAAUCGAGACUUUUAGAUGUUCAACGACGUUUCUUUGUGUAAAUUUAUAUACAUAUCGAUAAGUUUUAUGACCCAUGAAGUUAACCAAAUUUUAAAUGAAUCAUUAACUCAUUGAUAGAUUAUAUUGGAUUUCAUGUUACUUACUGAGAGAAUCGGGGAUUUUUUAGUUCGAUUUCAUAUGCAAUUGUGAGUGUUCACCUGUUGAGGUUUUCAAAUUAAGAUUAAAUAACUCGUAGAUUCACCACAGUUUUCAGUAUGUUAUAAAUUCGUGACAAAAAUAUUUGAAAAUGAGUAGAACAAUGUGUAUCCGAGACUCGUUUUGCCACUCAUUGAUCUGUUAUAUUGGAUCUAAUGAGAAAUAUAUUUAUAUCUUGGCAUGCAAUUUAGAUUUUAAAAAAUUAAUACUUAAGUAGAAACUAAUUUAUCAGUCUAAAAGAGUUAUAUUAAUCAAAAUGAUCAUCUUCAAGAUUGUUAAAGAUUGAUUAGUUUGUUUACAUAAUCUGCUUAUAUUAUCUAUAUAUGAGUAGAAAAUUGAAAAAUAAUCAUAUUUAACGAUCAAUAGACGAUUCCAAAAGAUUGUAGUGGUAAAUUAGAUCGAUUAUCAAACAUUAUUUCACCAUUAUGCUAGCUAACAUGAUCUGUUAACUAAUACAUAGCUUAUUGUUAAAUAAGGUUGCGUAGGAUAUAUUAUCAUGAAACUUUUACUUUAUGCGUCUAUAUAUAUAUGGACUCUGAUCAUGCCCUUGUUUGCGCUAAUCUUACCUUAUUUUUCAGUGGCCAACACAUUCGUUGUUCUAAACGAAUCGACGUCUGUAAAUUGGUUUCAGCUUCUGUUGCAACUAAAUAUCAAACGGAGCUAAGUUGAAGGCUAGAUACCAUCCCACCGAGAAAUGUAGAUGAGCAUUGUUUGCAAUUGCAUGACGCCUUGAGAAUGGCCAACAAAGUCGCUUGCGGCUUCGCGAGACGUUUCGCUUACAAGAACUGGGUUCCUAAAGACACCUUACAACUCAUUGAAGCCCGUCGGUCUACUUCACGUGACCAUGAGUCUGACCACAAACGACGACUGUUACGUAAUGAAAUUGGGCAAGGCUUGCGUAGGGACCGAUAAGCCUGGUGGUCGGAGCGUGCCAAUGAGUUGUAAGCAGCAGCUGCAUCUGAUAACUGCCAGAAGCUCUUCCAACUCAUCCGAGCCACUGGCAGCAAGAAGUCUGCUGUGAGUGAGACGAUCUGUGAAGAUGACAAGAUGCCAAUCACUAACAUCUAUCGACGUCCUGGACGAUGAGCAGAGAUUUUCGAAGGCAGUUCAACUGGUCUGCUGCCCCGGCAACACCAAUCAGACUGUCCUCUCCUUCAUGGCUUGUGAUGACCGAUCCACCAAAUGGGGCGAGGUCCACAAGGAACUCCAACUCUUGGGGUGCUACAAACCACUGGGCCCAGAUGACUUACCUCCAGCCCUUUCUAAAGGUGGUAGCGACUGCGUUGUUUACAAACGUUUGGGAAUUAGAGUGUUCCAGCAUCACGGAAUGAGUCCACAGUUGUCCCUAUCUUUAAAAAAGGGUUCAUGUCGUCUCUGUGACGACUAUCAAGGGAUAAUUCUACUUCAGAUUGCGUCCAAGCUAUUGGUUUCCGUCAUACUUCGUAGAUUGUUCAAAACCGGAGAAAGAUUGACUCGCGAGGAGCAGGUUGGUUUUCGUUCUGGUCGAGGAUGUAUUGAUCAUAUCUUCACCCUCCGCCAAAUGUUAGAACACCGCCAUACUUAUCAAAGGCCAACAAUCGUAGUGUUUCUUGACAUCAGGGCUGCCUUCGAUUCGUUGGAUAGGACUGUUCUCUGGGAUUGUCUAUUGAAGAAGGGUGUGCCUGAGGAGUUUAUUAACAUCCUAAAAGCCCUAUAUACAAACACCUCAGGCAGAGUGAGGGCAUACAACCACCUUUCUCCAUUGUUCCAUUCAGGCAGUGGGGCUAGACAGGUUGCCCAACCUCACCAUUCCUCUUCAACUUUGUCAUCGAUGACAUUCUGGAAACAGCCCUGAUAGAUGAAGGUGUGGGUCUGUUGCCUGAAGAAAGACUUCUCAACCUUGAUUAUGCGGAUGACAUUGUCUUACUGUGCGAUAAUGCCCAAGCCAUGCAAUCCGUACUUAGUCAGUUGCCAAUUAAUGUCCGUAGGUACGGUAUAUGCUUUGCACCUUUGAAGUGAAAAGUACUUUUACAAGACCGGCAGGACCCUGAUCCUGCACUCACCAUGGGUAGUGAUCAGGUAGAAGUAGUCGAGAAGUUCGUGUAUCUGGGUAGCUGCAUAAGUGCUGGUGGUGGCAUGAGUGAUGAAAUCAAUUCACAUAUAUUGAAAGCCAGAGCGCCUUAUGCCAAUCUGGGCCAUCUUUGGCGCCUUCGUGAUGUUAGUCUGGCUGUAAAAGGUCGGAUCUAAAACGCGUUGGUGAGAGCAGUUUUGCUGUGUGCUCGUGAAACCUGACUUCUCCGAGUUGAGGAUGUUAGACGACUCUCUGUGUUUGAUCAUCGUUGUCUCUGAAUGGUUGCUGACAUCCAGUGGCGACACCAUGUUAGUAAUGCAGAGGUUCGGCAUCGUGUGUUCGGGCGCAGAGACGAUAAUCCAGUUGGUUUCGCUAUCUUCAAACAUCGACUUUCGGGACUUGGGCAUGUUUUACGAAUGUCGUCCCAGUGAAUUCCACGUCAUGCAUUAUUUGCCGACUCUAGACUGGCUGGGAAAGGUGGAGAGGUGGUCAGUGUGUGACAUUGUGUUGUGGUAUGGAAGAUAGCUGUACAGGACUGGCUUCUGUUGGAUCUUCGCGACUCCCUGGUUGGGGUCCUAGAGAUGGUGCAACACAGUGGCUAGAGACGUUACGAGAUAUGGUUCAGAAUAGAAGCUAGUGGAGAUUCUGCUGUAACUUUCUAUCACUUUAUAAACAAUUGACGUAACUUCUUGGACUGAAAGAAUUUCUGAUUGUACCUUUGUUAUCUGAACUACCUUUCCGAUUAUUUCACUUUAAUACGCUAAUUUCUGUUCGCUAUUGUUCCCCUUUUUCUUAUGAGCACCUUACAUUCUUUUUCUUCACAUUCUCAUUGUUAUUGUGUGGGGCGUAUGUAUCUGGUGCCCCUUUGAACUUAUAUAUUUGUGUUUAAAUAAACAAUAGUACAACAGUCAUCCAAUGUAAUUGAUCAGUUACUGUCCAGUUCCUUGCCUGUUUAGCAUUUACUUGAACUAACUGCCAGUCUUUGCUGACUGAAUUAUCUCCUCCGGAUAGUAAUCUCUUUGGUGAGAACGUUACCUACUGUCAUUCUAAUCUUUCGGUUACAAACAUGAUCAUUUAUCACAAUGUAUUAACGUCUUUAAAAGAAUAUUACAAUUAAUGAUUUUAGUUUAAUAUUCUACUCCUUUACUUGCAACUUUCAUGUAGUAAUUUUAUUAUUAAAUAAGAAUACUUGCUUGUAUGUAAAACAUACACA